AUGGCCAACGCUAUUGAACAAGUGUUUCCUGAUAUGAGGCACAAGUGGUGUUUAUGGCACAUCCUGAAGAAGUUGCCUGAAAAAUUCCACGGGUAUAGAAAUAAUCCCGCUAUCAAAAGCGAACUACAUGCGCUUAUAUAUGAUUGUGGUUGUCCAAGAGAAUUUGAAAAUGGUUGGGAGGAACUACUUACCAAACAUGGAUUGGAGCAAAAUGAAUGGCUACGUAAUUUGUACGAAGAGAGACAUAAAUGGGUUCCGUGUUACUUGAAAAAAAAAUUUUGGGCCGGCAUGUCUACCACUCAGAGAAGUGAAGGAAUGAAUGCUUUUUUUGAUGGAUUUAUCAAUUCGACAACCACACUUCAACAAUUUGUGGUUCAAUACGACAAUGCUGUUAGGGUAAAGGCCCAGAAGGAAAUAGAAGCAGACUUCUCCUCCAUGAACACCACUAUUGCAUGUGGCUCUCAGUCACCGAUUGAGAGACAAUUUCAAGUCGAAUACACACAUGCAAAGUUUGAGGAGGUCCAAACUGAGUUCCGUUCAAGGAUGAAUUGUUUCAUCAAAGACACCUUAAAGGAGGACUUAUGGAACACUUACACUAUAAAAGAGGAACGAAUGUGGGAGGGUAAUCGUUUACCAGAUAAAUUUUACAAAGUUCAAUUUGAUCCCCUGACACAGACAAGCACUUGCUCUUGCCAACUAUUUGAGUUUAGAGGAAUUAUAUGUCGCCAUUCCCUCUUGGUAUUUGGUCAAGAAGAUGUUUACAGUAUUCCCUCACAAUACAUUUUGCGGCGUUGGAGCAAAAAUAUCCGAAGAAGACACACACUAAUAACAGCAUCGUAUAGUAAUUCCACUAAUGAACCACGCAUGGAAAGAUACAAACUGUUGUGCAAACGUUUUUAUGAAAUUGCUGAAGUUGCAUGUGAGUCUGAGGUUGCUAGUACUCAAUUGGAAAAAGAAAUUAAUUGUCUCGGUAAAAAAUUUGGGUUCAGUUCAUCCAUGACAAAUAACAUCAUUAGUGAUGUAGGCCAACUAAGAUACGAUACUGGUGCAUGCACAUCAAUACCACAUAGUCCAGUUGGAACAUCUGAUGUCGUUGUACAUAGUCCUACAACUGUUAAGCGAAAAGGACGUCCACACACAAACAAGUUGAAGUCCACUAUUGAGAAAAGAACCCAAAGAAGAAAGUCAGCUUCAUGCACAAAGACUUCAACACCACCCACUGAACAAUGCGGGGCAAGGGCAUCUAAUGUUGUUGAACGUGAUGACCAUGCUCAGUUUCAAGCCGACUCUAUCCAACUAUCACAAGAUACCGAAAUGGGUCAUUUUGGAUUUUUGUCGUUGUUGUCAGUUGUACAUAACAAUUUCGAUAACAACAUCAGUUGA